AUGUCACCCCUCUUCACCAUUUUGAUCACACCAGAGAAAAAAGCGGAAUCACUAGAAGUCCUGAUAGACUCAGGCGCCACCUCAUCUUUUCUCCACCCCUGUACCGCGGAAGCACUCUGCCUCCCUCUCAUAGAUCUUCCUUCACCCCGCACCAUUACUAUGCUUGAUGGGUCAAGCCCCCAGGCUGGCAAAAUUUGGAAAAAGGCUAAUCUAACCUUCUCCUUCAAUGGCAAACGUAUGACUGAGACCUUCUUAAUUUGCAACACAGGGUCCCACGCCACCAUCUUGGGAUUGAAAUGGUUAGACAACCAUAAUCCAGAGAUUGAUUGGAAUCAACGCACCCUCUCCUUUCCCCACGCGCCACCAGAACAUGUAGCCAUUGCCAAAGAGGAGGAAGCUGAUCAAAACCUGCUUGAAGGAGUCCCUACCAAAUACCAUCAAUACGCCAAGGUAUUUGGAGAGGAAGAGUUCAAUAAGCUUCCCCUGCACCGGCACUACAACAUUGGGAUUGAGCUGACAGAAGAAGGCCCCUUGAAUUCUCCAUUAUAUAGCAUGACUGACACCAAAUCCGCCACACUCAAAGAUUGGCUCAGGGACAAGCUCAAGGCAGGCAAGAUCCGCCCCAGUAAAUCUUUGAUCAGCUCCCCCGUAAUGUUUAUACCCAAAAAGGAUGGUUCCCGCCGUUUAGUUGUUGAUUAUUGCCGCCUUAACAACCGCACCAAGAAGAACAUUUACCUGCUUCCCCGUCCAGACAACCUCAUGGCCCAGCUCCACAGUGCCAAGAUCUUUACUAAGCUGGACUUACGCUGGGGUUACAACAACGUACGGGUAAAGGAAGGUGACAAAUGGAAGACCGCGUUCCAAACUAAGUAUGGCCUCUACAAAUCCCUGGUUAUGACCUUUGGCUUAAAAAACGCCCCGGCUGCCUUUCAGCAUUUCAUGAACAAACUAUUCAAGGAUUUGCUGGAUGUAUGCAUCAUUAUUUACCUUGACAACAUCCUGAUAUACUCUAAGGACAAUGCAUCACAUACACAACAGGUGUCUAAGUGCACGUUUCACGUCACUUCUGUGGAAUACCUGGGGAUCAUUGUCUCAGAUAAGGGUUUCAGCCUGGAUAAACUCAAAAUCCAGGUGGUACAAGAAUGGCCGGUACCUACUAAGGUUAAAGAAGUCCAAUUGUUUCUAGGGUUUGCCAACUUCCUUUGUUGCUUUGUUGCCAACUUCAGCCACAUGGCUAGGCUGUUACAUAACCUGGUCAAGAAAGACACGCCAUGGGGGUGGAAUACCAAGGAACAAGAAGCCUUCCAAGGACUAAAGGAUGCCAUCACCAACGCCCUGGUCCUUUGCCAUGCUGAUCCAGCCAAACCCUACUUCCUGGAAACAGAUGCUUCCAGCGCAGCCUUAGGGUUCCUAUCAGAAUCCUUCAAAGGUGCCAAACAGAACUACAACACCCACAAUAAGGAACUCCUUGCAAUCAUACGCUCCUUUGAGUACUGGCGGAUCUUCUUAGAAGGAACCAAGCACCCAAUCACCGUGUUUACCAAUCACCGCAACUUGGAAUACUGGAAGGAAUCCCGCACAUUCAACCAACGCCACGCACAAUGGCACCUGCUCCUUGCCAGGUAUAACUUCCAAAUCGUAUACAGGCCAGGAAAACAAUUGGGGAAACCAGAUGCCCUGUCACAACAAUUGGAUCACGCAGACAUUCCUCCAAAACCCCAGUCUAUGUUGCCAGACCCAGUAUUUGCCAACGUUGCCUUAGUUACGCUGGAGAAAGAGCUACAACGCCAGAUUGAGUCAUCCCUGGACCAAGACAAAUUGCUGGAGGAAAUCCUCCUGUUCCUACAAAACAAGUCCAAGGCACCACCCUCCAUUAAACGCGCAUUUAAAGAUUACAAAAUGGAGGCUGGCCUAUUGUUUUACCAAGGACAAAUUGUAGUACCAGAUGUAGGGACCCUAAGGACAGACCUACUUUGGAUCUUCCACAACAGCCCAUUGGCGGGCCACCCAGGCAGACAGCGGACUUUAGAGUUGGUAUCCAGGAACUACUACUGGCCUGGCAUCCGUGCUGACACGUACUGGCACAUUGACUCAUGCAAAACCUGCCAACAGAUCCAGAAACCCAAGUACGCGUCCAUCCCACCUCAACCUCUGGAACUCCCAUCACGCCCUUGGCAACAUGUAUUGUACAAUAUGAUAGUAGACCUGCCAAAGGACGGGAGCAACAACUCUAUACUAGUCAUUGUGGACAGCUUUACCAAAUAUGUCAUCCUGGUAGAAUGUUCCAAGAAGCUCAAAGCCCCAGAACUGGCAGACCUAUUCCUACGCCACGUAUGGAAACGUUAUGGCAUGCCUGAGAAGACAGUAUUGGAUUGA